AUGGCCGCUGCCUCCAGCCUGCUCCGGGGCCUGCUGGACUCGGGGCAGCCAAGCCAGCCCGGCCCAGCCCAGCACGGAGUGCCCAGGGAGGAGGAGAGCGGGGACACGGUGCUGGACUUCGGGAUUAUCCCCCCACCCCCCGAAUUCAGUAACGAGGCAGACGAGAGUCCCCUCCCGAGUCGGGAAGAGAAUCGCAAGUGCCCCAGUGUCCCUGAGAGCAGCCGGAGCUCGGGCGAGCCGCGCUAUUUCAGGUGGUCUGGCUACACCCGCAGCUAUGGGGGCAACCAGGAGCCAGCAGCUCCGCUGCCCUUGGAGAAGAGCUGGAGAAACGGCGACUUCACACCCCAGUACCCGGAUUACAGCAGCUCCACGAGUUUCCCCAGCCACGGCCCCAACCCGCGGCCACUGAUCAAGAAGCGCCUGUACAUGUCAGAGCCCGACAGCUCCUACCCCCGGGCAGCCGCAGCCCCCCGGGCCUCGGGCACCCUCUCCUCCUACGGCACAGGGGGGUUCGGCUCCACGGCUGGGGAGGGGUCUCGCCGCCUGAGCUCUGCCCACAGGAACGGCCCCUCGAGCACCCAGGGCAGGCGGGCAUCCACGGACGCUGCUGGGAAAGGCACGGCGUACGGCGGCAGCGGGGCUGACACCAAGUACAAGGGGCAGAACGGGGACUUCUCGCCCGGCAGCGUGCUGACAGGCAGCAGGCCUGCCCACGGCACCCCGCACUACGGGGCACCCUCCAACACCUUCACGGUGAGGCCCGGGACGCGCCAGCCCAUCUCCUACACCUACCAGAGCCACCGGUAGGCCGGACCUCGGGGCCGCCCCGCUGGCAUCCGGCUGGCAACGGGCGAGAGGGUGCCUGGCUUGGUCCUUUCCUUCUCUAUGGCACCAGGGACGGUCCCAACCCAGCCUGAAAAUGCUCCUGCUUGAAAUUGCUGAUGGAGGUGGGGAAUGAGCCCGAGACUCGGACUUAUCUCAAAAGACUGUCGAGGAGAAUUGUUACUGCAGAGGGCAGGACGCUGCCUUGUUACAUGAGCAAACGUGCUUUCCUUUUUUCCCAUUUUCCCUCCUGGAUUAUUGUCAGAAUUGCAGACUGAUAGGCCAUCUAGGAAAGCCAAAGAGCAUCCUCAGCUCCCUUUAAAGAGCAUCACCACUGGAAAGAUUGAUUGCAGUUUGUUUGUUAAUUGGUUUAACUCCAGCAUGUUUGGGAGCAGGGAGAGACCGGCUGAGAGAUGUGCACAGCGGAAGCAAAGCAGUGUAUAGCUAAAUGUCAGGGAUUAAAAUAAGAAUGUGAGGCCAGUGGGAUAGGAGGAGAUGCCUGGAUCCUGAGCCUUUCUGUCCUUCAAGAGUUUGGAGCGAAUCAAUUCUGCCUUAAACCCAGCCCUGGGCAGUCAGUGCCUGUCCUGCGGAGCAGGGCUCUGACCCCUCCUCCAGGAGCCGCUUCGGGAGCAGGGGCCUUGCUUUGCUGUGCCUUUUGGUCACUGUAAAUGUUUCUGUUGGUAAUUAUUCCUCGUGGAAGGAGGCUGUGAGGCCUGGCUGGAUGGCUGUAAAGCACUUUGGAGACAUAGGUCAUGGAGCAAUCCUUUUCCUUGGGCUGGUGGGUGUCCACCACUCGCCCAGGUGCUGUGCUGCUCUUGUCACAUCACAGCCCUGUGACCCCAAGAGUCCUUAUUCUACUUAUUCUACUGAGAUUGGCUCCCAUGUGCCUGCUUUGAAGCUCAAUUUCAGAGUGACUGUAUUUAUCCUGGUGGCGUGUGGGGUGUCUGCAGGGAAAGGAGCUGGCUCCCGCUGUUUCCCUCGGUGCUUUGCCAGGUGCUGGAUGUGCAGAGCUGCCCCUGAUUCCCGCUGGUGGACACAGGGUGGGAGCUCGGAGUAGCCUUAGAGGGUUUCAGCUUCCAGAGUGAGCAGUGGGGUCUCACAACAGCUGACCUGAGUUGUGAAUAAUUCCUGAAGCUAGAAACAGAGAAUCUUCCUCCUAGGUAAACUUGCUGAAAAUCACUGUAAAAUAACUGUAAAAACUUGUAGAGAAUAUUUUCUAAUCACUGGCAAACUAAAAGCACUUUGAGACAUGAGUCUAUUUUUAUGGAAAGCACUUUCUAUUUUCAAUGCUGUAAAUCCCACUGGUUCUACUCUAGCUUGCCCUGCCUGGCACACACCUGGAUGUGGCCUGCAAGCAGAUCUUGCUCAUUCAGCUCAAAAUCAGGGAUAAAUUUUCCUUCACAGUUGAAUUCUCAAAAGUUAUCUUGACAUUCGAGUCAUGUCACUGGCAUUCUGUGUUUUGUGUUAUUUCCAGCUUUACCUAAUAAUUUAACAUCCCUUUCAGAUAUUGCAGCAGCUUUAAAGUAUGCUGAACUUUAUUUUGCUGUGAAUAAAAUGAAAAUGCAGAUACAAUAAUCAGUCUAAUAGCUAAUUCAAAGGGCAUUUUUAUGCCAGUAAGUCACAGUGACUUGGAAGAUUUCCAUUGUUCACCCCAGCUAAUAUUGAAAUAAUAGGCUUUAAAUAUCUGGGUGCUGGAAUAUUUAUGGAGAAAAGUGACUAUGGAGUAAUUAUAAGGACAUUGAAGUGUGCCAAGUGUCUUGUGGAAUACCACCUGCCCUAAAACAUAGAAUUUUCUCUAUGCAAGGAGCAUCUUGAGCAUUCUCAUUCAUUUGUAGAAGUAAAUCUGUGAUCCUCCUUCAGGGCCUUCAGGGUCAUGUUUUGCUAUUGGAUGAAGUUUCACCAGUUUAGCUUGAAAGCAAACAAAGAAGUCUCUUUGAUAACGUUGCAAUUUAAUGUUUUUUUUUCUUGAUAGUUUUUGGGGUUUUUUUUUUCAAAAUAAUAAGCUAUAAUUGUGAAUGAGCUCUCAAAAACAAUUUUAAGGCUGGGUGGGCAAUUUCAGCUUUUGAUACUGACUUUGCCCAGAAGUGGUGAGGGCAGGGGGUAUGUGUGCAAUUUUCCACCUCAAGAGUUCUUCCAAAUUACAAUCUCCCCUACACAAGUUUGUUUGCUUUUUUUGUUGUUUUUUUUUCUUUGUAGAGAAAAAUGUUGACACUUGCUUUAAAUGUCACAUUUACUAAUUCAUCCAGACACACAAUUCAUGUGUAGCUGAAAUAUGGUCUUAGACACCAUGGAGUGUGUCACUUCUAGCAGACAUAGUUGUUUUAAUUAAGUAUUAGAAGCAUGAUAAUAGAAGUCAGCUUUAUAAAACAGCCAUUCUUCACUCAAGAACAGAUUCUGGGACUGCACAGGGGCUGUCACUGAAUCAGGCUGGACUCUGCUUCCAGUUGUAGGACUGGUUAGCAUGCAGGCUUUCAGCAGCAGAACACUUCUAUUCUUCAGACCCUUUGGACUAUCCCUGCUGCUUUUGAAUGCCUUCAGCACAUUCUGGUAUUUCAGAAACAACUCACCAUUGAUUCUGGGGCUGCUGUGACAAAGGAACCACUGUCAGAGCUGUUGGCAGCCAGAGCACUUGGGGACAGUGAGAUCUCUCAGGAGGUGAGGACUGCAGGGAUGGAUGGGGGAGAGCCUCCUCUUCCUGGGGCAGGUAACUCUGUCAGGUUCUGUGGAUAAACUGCUCCUGCUCCUGCUCCUCCCAGCUCUUUCACUAUGGAAAUUUAGCAACAGAGUGAGAAGAAACAAAACUAAGGGGUGUUAAUGGAGCAAAGCACCCUGCCUCAGCCCAGUGCUGAGAGCAAUCCUGAGUGUGGAAUUAUUCUCACUUCACCCUCUCUGAUGCAGUGUGGUAAUUCAAGUUGUGAUACAACUUAAAUUAUCCCCUGCAGCUGCCUCUUCCUCACAAGUUCCUGCUAUGGGAGUGUAACAGAGCUUUAGCUGUAAAGUAUUGAACAAAGUCUUUUAUUUAUAAGUGCCACUGAACACCAUCCUUCUUGCAUUAAACAUUUCUGGAUGUUUUAUUA